GCUUCCAGGCCCUGAGGGAAGCGGCGAGGGCGUGUGCGUGUCCGGCUCCUGCUGACCUUUGGCCCCUCAGCCGGUGCCCUCGCAGAGCUGUCCUCGUCGCCCCUCCUCCCCGGCUCUGGUAGCAACACCCUAGCUCAGAGCCGGGGAGGGGAGGAGUCCUUCCGCGUAGCGCCCCCGGUGCCUCCAGCAAGCCUAAAGUCGGCCCGCCCCGAGGGGAGUAAGGGGGCGGAGCUGAGGACUUAGGACUCCGGCCCAUAGACCGCCUCCUGCCGAGCCAGAGCAGGCAUCCCAGUCUGGUGUUGAGAGAGCCAUGACGGCGCUGCGGGGACUCUGGCCCCAGAUGCAGGACACCUGUACCUCGCUGGGGCUGAUGCUGUCGAUCGUGCUGUUCAUGGGGCUGGCCCGCGUGGUCACCCGGCAGCAGCUGAACAGGCCGACUGCCCACGCCUUCGUCUUGGAGUUUCUGGCCACGUUCCAGCUCUGCUUCUGCACCCAUGAGCUGCAACUGCUGAGCGAGCAGGAACCCCUGCACCCCACCUGGCCGCUGACGCUAACCUACUUCUUCUCGUUGGUGCAUGGCCUGACUCUGGUGGGCACCUCCAGCAACCCGUGCGGCGUGAUGAUGCAGAUGAUGCUGGGGGGAAUGUCCACUGAGACGGGUGCGAUUAGGCUGUUAGCUCAGCUGAUUGGUGCCCUGUGCAGCAGGUACUGCAUGGGCGCCCUGUGGAGCCUGGGACUGACCAAGUAUCACGUCAGCGAGAGGAGCUUCGCUUGCAGGAAUCCCAUCCAAGUGGACUUGCCCAAAGCGGUCAUCAUAGAGGCCGUCUCCUCCUUUAUCUUCCACAGCGCUUUGCUGCACUUCCAGGAGGUCCGAACCAAGCUUCGUAUCCACCUGCUGUCAGCACUCAUCACCUUUUUGGUCUAUGCAGGAGGAAGUCUAACAGGAGCUGUAUUUAAUCCAGCUUUGGCACUUUCACUACAUUUCAAGUGUUUUGAUGAAGCAUUCCUUCAAUUUUUUAUAGUAUAUUGGCUGGCUCCUUCUUUAGGUAUAUUGCUGAUGAUUUUGAUGUUCAGUGUUUUCCUUCCAUGGCUGUAUAACAACCAUACAAUUAAUAAAAAGGAGUAACUAUUCUAAAAGACUCAGACUAAGUUUCAGAACAGUCAAGAUGGAUGUGAUAAAGAUUUUAUCACCUAAUAUUCACACACUGGCUGCACUGGAUUCGUCAAUGUUAUCUUCCUUUGAAGAAACUGCCUUAGAGUUUUCAUCACUGGGACUUAAAAAAAAAUUACUGUGAAAAUGAGGUAUCCUGUGUUUUUCAGUUAAGACUUGUUCUUUUAAGCAUAUAUUAAAUGCUGCUAGAAGAGAUUCUUUAAACAUAAAUCUUAAGUGAUAA